GCGUAGUAUACCCACUAUACUUUUGCUGGGCUGCUGGCCAUUGAAGCAGGCUGCGCCGUUUUGUGUUUUAUUCGCAUUAUAAAUAUAAUUUGUGUGCCAUAUAUGAAUACGGCGGAAAAAAACGGAAAGCAGAAAAAAAGUAAAACGGAUCGGUACGCGGCAAAAGAUGUGCACAUAUUUAUAUUUUUAACUCGGUAUUUAUUGUUGUUGUUGAUCUUAUGAUUGGUUUUUGGCAGGCAGUGAAGAGAAAGGAAUUAGUAUACAAAUACGAGGAAUGUUUGUGUGGUUGUUUUGAUAGGGCUUAAUCGAAGUCCUACUGGAGUGAUCGAAAGUGUCGGAAGAAGGGGAAGUUAAAGGAUAGUGGAAGAAGAAGGAGACGAAGCAGCGGCAGCAGCAGAGGAAUAGAUUGCUGAAAAGUGUGAGCCGAGAGUGAAAAAAUUUUGCACAAUAGUGGAGUGUUGUGGAAGUGACAGCCUGUAGGUAUAGCCUACUGUGUGAGAAUCGAAGGAAGGAGGCUGCGUGUUUGGUUCGAGUUUAUCGAGCCAAGCAGCGGAACCAUACGAGGAGAGGGAGGAGAGGAGUGAACAAACUCUCGUACCGGAAGUGUUGAACUAGGGGAAGACCCACACACACCCAGAAUGUCGGAGCACCAUCGCGGUGCUUGGGGAACGCGGGAAGACGCCGUCUGGUGGCCUGGUGGCAUCACCAGCACCGAUCAGCAGACCCUACAGCAUCACCAGCACCUACUCAAUCAGCACCACCAGCAACAGCUGGCCCAACAGCAGCUCCAGCAUCAGGUCGUACAGCAACAGGCACACAGUAAUGAUAACGCCCGAAGCAAUAGUACAACGUCCACCUCCGCAACCCAGCAGCUCUUCUCGUACAAGAUGGCCAACAGCUUUCAGAAUCCGGUUACGAGUAUAUCGGGCGUUACGGUGUCGACCGCCAACAGUCCGUACGACUACCGUCUGGGCAUGAGCACCACCAGUGCCGUGUCGAGGCCCGGCGAUCCACCGACGAUGGCCAGCACGGCACCGACGACCCAGUGGUGGUACCCCGGAGGACAGAACGCUAUUGACAACUCCCUGCAGCAGCAACAACAGCAGCAACAGCAGCAGCAGCAACAACAACAGCAGCAGCAGCAACAACAUCAGAAUCAAACACAUGUGCAGCAGGCGCAGAACAAUGCUAUCCAGAAUAAAAUGGCCGCCGGAGGCGGUGGAGGGGGCGGCGGAACCGUUGUCACUCAGGCCACCAACAACCGACCCGUCAAGGACAAUAAGCCGAGGGGCCGCAUGACGGCGUAUGCCUUUUUCGUACAAACCUGCCGCGAAGAGCACAAGAAGAAGCACCCGGAGGAGCAAGUCAUAUUCGCCGAAUUCUCGCGGAAGUGCGCGGAACGGUGGAAGACGAUGUUGGAUAAGGAGAAACAGCGCUUCCAUGAAAUGGCCGAGAAGGACAAGGCGCGGUACGAGCUGGAGAUGCAGAACUACGUCCCGCCCAAGGGCACAAUCGUCAAGGGCAAGAAGCGGAAGGCCUUCAAGGACCCGAACGCCCCGAAGCGAUCACUAUCCGCUUUCUUCUGGUUCUGCCACGAGGAACGGAACAAGGUGAAGGCACUCAACCCGGAGUACGGUGUCGGUGACAUUGCGAAGGAGCUCGGACGGAAGUGGUCUGAUAUGGACGCCGAGGUCAAGUCCCGAUACGAGCAGAUGGCAGAGAAGGACAAGGCGCGGUAUGAGGCGGAAAUGACCGAGUACAAGCUGAAGUGCAAAAAUGAACAGGCUGGCGGUGGCGCCGGUGGCGGAGCGCUGAAUCUCGGUGGACUGCAGCAAGCCGGCCUCCAGAACCUGCCCCAGCACGUGCAGCAAGCGGCCGCGGCCCAGCUACAGGCCCAGGUGCAGCAGCAGUUGGCAGUGCAGGCGGCGGCAGCUGCGGCAGCCGCGGCGGCCCACCACGGUGCCGAUGACGACGAUGACGAUGAGGGAGACGAGGACGAUAACGAGUAAAAUCAAGCUUUCGAUUUGUAUUAUAAAUAUUUUCUUACGAUGAUAUUAAGCAACCGACAACAACAACAACAACAGCAACAGCAGCAACAACAACAGUAGCAAUUACAGCAGCAACCGCAACCAGAAGAAAACGGAAAAGAUCAAGUACAUCAAGAACAACCAUUACUGAGCCUACUUCAGGCAGGAUCAACAAAAACAUCAACAACCACAACAGAAACCAAUAGAAGGGGACGCUCUUCGUUGCUCACCAGCUUGAUCAACCACCGGCGACCGAAAAAGGAAUCGUCGCCCUCAUCGUCCUCAUCAUCGUCGCCGUCAUCUUUGAGCAAGCCGGAAGAGCAGGACGAGUCCGAUACUGGAUGAACCGGAGAUUGGUACCAACGCCGUUCCGUUCCGGGAAAUACGUCGGACGAAAUUGUAUGCGAAGCAAGUUUGCAGUUUUUAAUUUUGUUGGUAGGUACUAAAUCUUACCAAAUCAAAUCUACCUACCACACCAAGCUAAUUGAAUCACAACAGAUGAACAAAAGUAAUUGGAAGCAGAACAAUUGUCUGUAGAAUGUUAAGCGUUAAUUCUCUAUAGGACUACAGAACCUAAAAACAGAUUUAUUAAAAAAGUGGUUGUCCUGAGGCAGAAAUCUUUUUUCGAGGUGAACAAAUUCAACACAACAAUGUGAAAAGCACACACCAUCAACAAUUCAACACAUCCAACACAACAACUAAAAGUAAUGAUUUUUUUCCAAAACGACGAAUAAUUGCAUCUAAGCUUCGUAAUCUAUUUUCGGAAGCUUAUCCCCCCUAAACAGAAGAAUAAGAAAAGAUGAAAAUAAACUAAGAGGAAAAACAAACAAACACAAUAGAAACUUAAGAGCCGAAACAACAGCGUCAGCUUUUGAUAAUAAUUGCAGAGAGAAGAAAUAGAAAUCCUUAAACAAUCCAAUAAAAUAUAAAACCGACAAAACAUCAUACAAUAGGUAUCAGAAAAAAAAGCACGCGCGCGCAAAACCGGAAAAGAGAAACAAACAAAAACAAAAAUCAAAUAGAGAAAAAAAACAUUGGUUAAGGAAAUAUUUCUUAAUACAAAGAGGAAGGUUUGAGAGACAAACAAAAUCAACAACAACAAAAAGAGAAGAAAGUAGAACAGCAAAAUGGCGAAAAAAGCAAAACGAGAAAAAAAAAAUGAUUAACCCAAACCCCCCAACUAGCUACAACUACUCCCCCCUCAUUUAUGAUGGAUGGAAGAAAGAGAUUAGGCGAAUGUAUUAAACACACACACAAAUCAAAACAAACAACAAGAAAAAACGGAAGCGAGAAAGGAAGAGAGAGAAUUAUAAUACUUUUUGGUAGGAGUGUUUCGUUCCUUUGUGUGGCCUAUUAUUACUUUUUUGUUUGGAUCGGUUUGGAACAUUUUUUUAAAAAACUGGUUCUAUCGGGCAUUUUUCGCUCCAAUUUUGAGAUGAUCGUCACUCGUUUCACACCUUAAAAAUUCUCUUAUCCAUUAAUUCAUUCGAACAACAAACAACAACAAUUAAUGUGCUUUUCAUUUGCUUUUACAAAUUCGAUUCAAAUAUCUAUUAUAAUUAUUAUUUUUGUCAAAUUACUUAGAAAACCACCACCCUAAAACCCAUUUUUUACGUUUGUAAGAUGGAAAUAAAAUUUGUAUUUCACUUCAGUUGAUUGAACUGAAAAAAAAAACUGUUGGUUUUUCUGUUGUUUUGAAAAUUUCGGUAGGGGCGGGACAGACAGUUUGUGCGCGUGGAUUGGCUGCGCCUGCGCCGUGAAAAAAAGAUCAAUCGAAAAGAUUCAGUUUCCAUACUUUUUCGUCGAAAAUCCCCGCAAGGUUGAGUAUAGUUUUGGUUUUUGAAAUUCGGGCAAGUAUGUAGGUUUUUUCCCUUGAUUUUUUAAGUCUUUUAUUUCGAGUUUUCGGAUGCUGUUUAAUUGCAAAAAGGCUGUGUAGUUUGGUAGAGUAGAACAAAAGUAGAAACACAAUUUAAACAACAGCAACAAAAAAGAAAGGCAGGGUCCCUUUUAAUUCAAUUUUCUGGAACAGAUGACAGUUUUUCGGUUUUUGGUUUCGGAACACAAUAAAAAUUCACUCGAUUGCCGUUUGGCUUCGAAAAAGAUCCAGUUGAUUUUCAACGUGUGAUUGAUUACGAGUACAAAAUAUGAGUCGAAGUCGAGCCGAAAAGCUGCAAUCUUUUCAAAAAUCAUACUUCAGAACAAAACAGAAAAAGAAAUCCCACUACUGUUGUGCAUGAUUUACUCAUCGUAUGAAGAAAACAGAAAAAAAAACACAUUAAACACACAAGUACAUUUUUUUCUUUCCACACACAUACAUAUAUUUUUACGUUGAAAUAGUUAUUAGUACAUUUUCUUUGUUAUAACUUGCUGAUGGCUGAAGAUGAAGUGAAAGAAAGAAAGAGCGCUGUAAUGUGAAAGGCUAGAAAAGGGCAUGCGUUUCGUCUUUUUAGCGUUUUUGUCGUAUAAAACAGUAUAUUUAUACGACUACGCGCGAUGAUGAUGUGCGAAAUUUGCGAGUACGUGUGUAUGGCUGCGAGCAAUUGUGAACUUAAAAAAAGUAAAAAAAAAAAAAAGGUAGAAAAGUGUACUAGAUUAGCGAGCCCAGAGAUUAGUUCAUUAGUUGGUAAAUAAAAUGAUUAAUUAGAAGAGGAGAAAAAACAAGUAAGAAAAAGAUUGAAAACUGUUUAGAACUCUUGACGAUUAUACCGAUGAGAUGAUAAAAGGAAACUUACAAAAUAAUUGAAACAAACGAGAAAGGAAAACAAGCAAAAGAAAAUCAAUUUACGAUUUAAUGAGCUACUACUGAUCAUAUUGACUUUUUCGUUCUACUUGAUUGAAAAUGAUCGAUUAAUUGUCGUAUCGCGUAGUUAUUAUAUUAUUAUGAUUAUUUUGUACCCGAGACGAGAAAUCUCUUAAAGUAUAUUUUCUGACGAUUUAUUUUUUGUCUUACACCGAUAGAACUUCCUUUAUUUUUCAUUAAAGUGGAUUAUUUUUAAGUCUGAUACACCCCAAAACACAUACACAUACAUAUACGCAAAAAUACACACAUGCAUCCGGAUGAGAGCGAAAUUCUGUGUGCGGAAUAGUGGUGAGUGAGCUUUGAUGUUUUGCCCCGUGAACGAAUGACGGCCAGAAGCGAAUCACUUCUGCGCGGAAUGAAUGUGAUCACAAAAGAAAAAUCAAGAAUAACAACAACAACAAAAGGAAAACCUACAAAAAGUAAGAAAUUUUUAGUUGUUAAGGGUGCAAGUGAAGGACAAUUUUGGAAUGAGACAACAGUAACAACAAUAAUAUGAAAAAAAAAAAGAAAACCAGAAGUUAAUGGAAUUAGAAUGAGAGCGAAUGUUGUAAGAAAGAGCAAAGUACUACGAGUAAGCGCGGUAAAAUGCAUUGAUUAAGAUACAAACGUUCGAUCGUAAGUUAGCUAACACACGGACACAUUUAUCUCUCAAUGUAAAUAAUAAACAAAACAAAAAACGAAAGCUGAAGAAAAGAAAAACAAAUAGGACGGCAUAUGAAAAAAACCACUCUUGACAAAAAAUUCACUCAGAGAAAACUUAGAUCAAAAUAUGCGUUUUCGUUAUGAUGGUGUGAUCUAUUGGUUUUUUUGUUCAUGUUCCGUUGGUUUUCGAACUAUUCGAGCAAAACAAACUAAUCAAACGAUUCCUUUUCCCGUCGGCAACGCAGGCUUGAUUGAGAAGAAUGAAAAACAGCAUGAAACAGUGAACAAAAACAUACUUAUAAAUAAAGGAAAAACACGCAUUAUAAACAAAUUAUUACAAAAAAAAAAAGAAAGCAAAAAGUAAAUAAUUAACAAGUAAGUUUUAGUGAAAAUAAACAGCCAGAUAAAUUAAAGAAAAAAACUAAAAGAGGAACAUAGGAAGAUAGAGAAGGCGUGGAGCAAGUAAGAUGAAAUAAAAACAGAACAAAAAAACGAGAACACUAGAGAAACUCUUGAACCCUUGCACUCUUAAGCAAAAUAAAUAAAAAAAACAGACAUACUACAAUAGAAAGAGAGAGAUGAGAGCAUAUUUCAAACAUCUUCAGCAAAGUUCAAUCCAAGUAGUCGGACAAAGAGUUGGUCAUGCAAAACGCUAAAAAAGACACUGAAAUAUACUGAACAACAACAAACAAAAGCCAACGUGUGUUUGUUUUCGUGCUCGUUGCAGUUUAGAAUGAAUUUUCAUCGGUCUUCCUCCGGGAGACCACUGGAAUUUUUGUUAUGUGACCACGAGUGCAAAAACAUGCGCGCAUGCGCAGAAGAAAACUAAACUCAUAAAAUAAACAUCCAGUACUACGAGCAUGAGUAACUGAAAAUAAUAAGAAAAAAUACAAAACAUAUAUUUAGUGAUUGGUAGAUGAACUGAGAGAGGUAAACACAAAAUACAAAAAAAAAACAUUAAAAAAGAAAAAGUCGAUUCAGAACAAAAGCAAAACACACGUUAACAAAACCAAGACGACAGCAUACAACUACAGAAAACAAAAGUGGAAAUGAACGACGAGAAAGACACAACUCAACUCAACACAAAAAAAAAACGAAAAUCCUAAAUCUCCUUACUCAUUCAAACAGUAAGAAAACAUUUAUGAAAAACUCUAGAUAACAAAACACACCAACCCGACAGACACAUACACAAAUAAACCUACUACAUGAGAAGACAGCAAAAACCGGAGUUGAGAGUUGUUUGUGAUGAUGAGUCUAUAAAACCGAAUAUAGAACGCGAUAGAAGAAGAAGAUGAUAAUAUACAAGAACAACAAACAAAACAAAAAAAAUACAACACAACAAAACAACAACAUCUCGAUCCCCCUUCUUUUGUAUAUGUAAUACUGUACGUACGUUAAACACAUGUAAUUUUACUGAAGACAAAAUAAAAAUGAAAUUAAUUGAAAAAAAACUAAAAAAACCGAAAGGUGAUAAGAGAGA